AUGGGUUCUAUGGUCCUCCCCCAUCUCCAGAAUGCCUGGCAAGUCGACCAGGCCAUUCUCUCCGAAGAUGAGCGGUUAGUUGUAGUCAGAUUCGGUCGAGACUCACAUCCUGACUGCCUUCGACAAGAUGAUGUUCUGUCCAAGAUUGCAGAUCGAGUCAAGAACUUUGCCGUGAUUUACCUGUGCGAUAUUGAGCAGACGCCUGAUUUUAACGCUAUGUACGAAUUAUACGACCCAAUGACAAUCAUGUUUUUCUUCAGAAACAAACACAUGAUGUGCGAUUUUGGAACUGGUAACAACAAUAAAUUGAACUGGGUUUUGGAAGAUAAGCAAGAACUGAUCGACAUCAUCGAAACCAUCUAUCGCGGCGCAAAGAAAGGUCGUGGUCUGGUCGUUAGCCCCAAGGACUAUUCGACCCGUUACAGAUACUAG